AUGUCGCUUCAGACUCUAUUCUUCUCGUCGCUCGGAGUUGUUUUUAUGAGCAGUGCUCUCGGUGCAAAUAUUCUCGCAGUUUUUAGCUGCGCUUUUCCCUCGCAUUUAAUUGUGGAAAUUUCAAUGGCCAAGGUGCUGGCCGAGAAUGGACACAAUGUGACGGUGAUCACAACUCUGAAGCCGCAUGUUUCUCACAAAAACAUAAACCUGAUAUACAUACCACUCACCAAAGAGGAGCAGCUAUCACAGGAUGCCAGCAUAGCCAGCAUGGUUGAAAGAGACAAUUCUAAUAUGGUUUCAGCUUUAUUUCGCAUGCGGGAUCAAGUGUCGUUUGCAUUCAAGAAAAACAGAAAUGUAAUGAAAGAUCGACGUGUUAUCGAUCUCUACGAGAACAAGGAUAAUCAGUUCGAUCUGGUUAUGAUCGGUUACUUUCUGAACGAUUUCCAGAUAGGCAUAGCUCAGAAGCUGAAAGUGCCUGUUGUAAUAGCAACCUCAAUGUUUCAAUGGGAGGUGUUUGAGAGCAUGCUAGGAAGUGUCCAAGCCAAGCCAGCGUCGUUUUUUUCUGAACGAUUGGGCAAUCUCAUUAUUAGUAAUGCACUUCGAUUAUUCACGUAUGCCAUUAAACUCGAUAACGCAAAAGCCUACAAGGAACUCUAUGGCAACGAUCCUAGCAUGCCGGCUUAUGCAGACCUCAACAAGAAUGUGUCGCUUGUGCUCUUUAAUUCUUACUCCUUUAGCGAGGGUCCUAUCAGAUCCAGCGUUCCAGCGGUCAUAGAGGUGGGAGGCAUUCAAAUAAAGGAUAAACCAGAUCCGUUGCCCCUAAAAAUUGCAAAUUUUCUAAGUGAUGCUAAAGACGGCGCCAUUCUCUUGUGCCUGGGCUCCAAUGUAAAGGGUGCUCACCUACAACCCAGCACCGUCAAAAAAAUGUUCAAUGUGCUGGCCAAAUUAAAGCAAAAAGUUAUUUGGAAGUGGGAAGAUCUAAAUAAGAUUCCUGGAAAAUCAGAAAAUAUACUAUUCUCGGAAUGGGUACCGCAGAAUGAUAUUCUCGCGCAUCCCAAGAUCAGGCUCUUUAUAAAUCAUGCUGGAAGAGGCGGCAUCACAGAGUCUCAGUUUCAUGGAAAGCCCAUGCUCUCGCUUCCUGUGUUUGGAGAUCAGCCUGCCAAUGCUGAUAAAAUGGUCAAAGAUGGGUUCGGUCUAAGCAUGAGCUUAUUAACACUGGAGGAGCAGCCUUUUCAUGACAAAAUUAAAGAAGUUCUCGAGAAUCCCAAAUACACGCAAAAAGUAAAAGCUUUUUCGAAGCUAUUCCGCGAUCGCCCAUUGACUGCGCGUCAGAGCGUGCUCUAUUGGACCGAGUAUGUUCUGAGACAUCAUGGAGCACCUCAUUUGCAAAGUCCCCUGGUUCACAUGGGCUUCAUAGCAGCCAAUAAUUUGGAUGUUUAUGCAUUUUUGACAUGUAUAUCGAUUUUUAUUUUAUCCAGUUGCCAAUUUAUCGUAAAGUUAGUGUACAGGAAAAUGACAGGCAAUGCACACAUCAGGAAGUUGAAAAUAUUAUAG